UGUUUUCCAUUGUGCAAGUGUCAGUUUCAUUAAAUUGUCCACAGGAUUUUUUAAAAAUUAAAUUAGUUAAAAACCGAAUAAUUUGAAAGUAUGUCGAAAAUGUGGAAAGGCGUUGAAACGCCUCUAGUGAAAGGCAACCUCGUGAGUUUUCUCUUCAAAGACGCGCAUAAAUGGAACCAUUUACAUGCAUUGGAGUGUGGGUACACCCGCCAAUCCCUAACGUACUGGGAGCUGCAGCAGGCAGUGGGAAGAUGGGGAGCUUGGCUGACCUCCUUCAUGGGGGAGUCCAAUCCUUCCGCCGCCAAUCCUUCCGCCGCCAAUCCUUCCACCGCCAAUCCUCCCUGUCGCCAAUCCUUCGUGGUGGGGAAGCUCGCCCCCAGCUGCGUGGACGUGGCGGUGGUGCAGCUGGGGACCAUGGCCGCGGGGGUCGUGUACACGUCACUCAACAUUUCCUUUGGUCCCAGGGAGCUGAGUGCGCAGAUCGAGGAGACGGGCGCCGCCCUUCUGAUCACAACACCGAAGUUCUUCCUCCGCCUUCAGGAGGCCCUGGACAAACUGGGGCGCAAGAUCCCCGUCGUGUUGAUCGGCAGCGGGGAACUUGGGGACGUAGGGAGCGACCUCAACGUUGUGGGAAUAUACAAAGAUAUUAUCAACGACCAGACGAUUAAGCCUAUGGAACCUGCUGAGUUGCAGGGAGAUGAGGUCGCGUUGCUGCUGUACACUAGCGGCACCACCGGGAUGCCCAAGAGCGUGCAGCAUUCCCAUAACUCUAUCAUCGCGGCGGUACAGGCAAGUAUACACCCCCUCUUCUGGCCGCAUCCUCCUACCACUGAUGAAAGCAACCAGACGCGCUCUCUGCUCAUCAGGGACAUCGGGUUAGGGUUCGGACUGAUCUGUGCCUUCAUGCCCGGGAUCGCCACAGGGAUGUGUCUCAUCAUCAAAACUUUGGACGAUAACACUUUCCUGAGAGACGUUGAAGAGUUUAGGAUAAACACAAUCGCGAUCGUGCCCCUGAAUUUCCCGACGGUGCUGCGCCUGGGCAUUGAGCGCCAGGAUUUGCUCAAGCAUUUCCGGCACGUGCUUGUGAGUGGCGCCCCUAUUCCGAAGGCCCACGCCACCGCUGUGGCCAGCACCAUGCCUGGAGUCUUCGUCCAGAAAGGUUACGGCGCGUCGGAGAUGUUGGUGAUAGCACAAGACCCUGUGGGCGGCGGCAAGCCAGGGUUCACAGGCAGCGUCUGCCCCAACGUUGAGCUCAAACUCAAGGAUCUCAACUCAACGGAGUUACUGCCCGCCAACCAAAUGGGAAUCCUAUUCGUCAAAAGCCCCAGCAAAAUGCAGGGUUACCGCAAUAACCUGACGGAGACUAAAAACGUUAUCGACGAGGAAGGCUGGUGUAACUCAGGCGACGUGGCCCUCGUGGACGAGGACGGCUACGUCCAGAUCGUCGACCGCGUCAAGGAGAUCAUCCGCCUUGAAUAUGGCAGUGCUGCCCCAGCGGAGUUGGAGAACACGAUCCUGGAGAUGGAGGGGGUGAAAGAGGUGUGCGUCAUUGGUACGCUCGAUGCCAGCACAGGCAUUGACUCCAUUUACGUUUUCAUAGUAAAUAAAACGGACGUUUCUCCCCCCAUUAGCGAAGAAGACGUUGUAAAUUACGUCGUGCGGAACCUCAAUGAACUAAAGCGGCCUAGAAAAGUGGUUUUCAUGGACGCUUUGCCUCGGAACGACAACGAGAAGGUCGACCGCAAACUCCUGCGACUGAAAGCGAAGGAGAUGGAGAAAGAAAAAUAAUUUUGUCUUGUUCGAGGGUUUCUGUGUAAUUAUUACUAUAUUAUCGCAAUUAUUAUUGCAAAAGUCUAGCAGCUUAUGGCGGAAUACGCGAUGUGAAACGGGAUUGACCGUAACUUCGAUAUUGUUAAAAUAUUUUUGCAAUUAUAUUAAUAAGGAAAUAGUGUGAACGAUGCAACACGAUUUAUGAGUUCACUAGGCUUUAGGUCAUGAACUACUCGUAGGUGAUGCUGAUUUCAAAAUUUCAUGAUUGAGUUCAGGUUUUCAAUAAGUUUUCAAUAUCAGUUACUUGUUUCAAAAAUUGUAUUGCGUUCAUAUUAUGCUUAUUGAAAGAGAUAAAUUAGUGAACUUUUCAUUUAUGAUGUUCGAUUUAUUGAGGCUCGUAAAGUUCAUUGAUGCAAUUGGCACUUAUUUUAAAAAUUUGUCUUGAUAUUUUGCAGAUGAGUUACGAUCGCAAAUAAUAUAUUUUGAUUAUAAAGAUUAUAAAGUACCAAUAUGGAACUUCAACGUGUCCGAUUGCUCUCAAGUUGAAAUGUUCAAUCGGAGAAUCUGACUUGCCGCAGUACGCCAUGAUGCAUGAGACAUUCCUUAGGACUACCUGGAGAAAUCACAACAUCACUCAGGAGCCUUCACUCAGGAGCCAUCACUCAGGAGCCAUCACUCAGGAGCCAUCCCUCAGUGUUGUCCAUAUCUUGACAAACUUUCUCACCUACAGCACGAGCAGAGAGCGGAUGCAGUUCAUAUACGCCAUUUUGCCAAACUUAACUGGGCAAAGAUGACAAGAGCAAUAACUGCAUCACUUUUUGGACAAAGUAUCACUCAUUUCUAUGAUGGACCCAAACAGCAAUAUUGUCUCGCUUGUAUUGCGUUUUCUAAGGAGAAUGCGUCGUCACUGUGUCCGGCGUCAGUCUCGCAUCUCAUUAUAAUCAUUAUAUUUAUAUAAUAUAGUUAGAUCAUAUGUAAUUGGGACGUAAUAUUCACUUGACCUGAUAGAAAUUGAUGGAAUAGUACCAGACAUGAGUCGGCAUCGGGAAGACAUCUCGUGAUUGAUCACGUGAUCAAGACCUUAGUUGUGGGCGGAAGCCGAAGACUAUAUAAGGGCUGAUAACCUUAGAAGAGCCCCUCGUUGUAUAGUUGAUAAGCGCUCCGCGAUGUAACGCGUCGGUUGAAUUCUUCGACCACACGGUCGACGCUAUAUCUUAUACAUUUGUAAUAACUCUUGUAAAUUACCAUCCCGUAUAUCAAUAUAUGUU